UGCCCAACGAAACGGAGCGUGUUGUCAUUUCUGUUUCUUGUCAACGCCCGCUCGCUAUUAUUUGUUGUGUGUUUGUUUGAUUAUUAAUGCCUCUAUUUAAUCCAAGUGAUUAUAUUUUGCAUUUUUAAUAUUUCAGCCGUUCAAACUGAAAGACAAUGCAAACAAUCAAGUGUGUUGUUGUCGGAGAUGGUGCUGUUGGUAAAACGUGCCUACUUAUUUCAUAUACAACCAACAAAUUUCCCUCGGAGUAUGUGCCAACAGUUUUUGACAACUAUGCGGUAACAGUUAUGAUCGGUGGAGAGCCGUACACUUUAGGAUUAUUUGAUACAGCUGGUCAAGAAGAUUAUGAUAGAUUGAGGCCCUUGAGUUAUCCACAAACAGAUGUUUUCUUGGUGUGUUUCUCAGUUGUCUCCCCAUCAUCUUUUGAAAAUGUCAAAGAAAAGUGGGUGCCAGAAAUAGCACAUCAUUGUCAGAAGACACCAUUUUUACUAGUAGGAACUCAGAUUGAUUUAAGAGAAGAUGCAGGAACCAUCGAAAAGUUGGCAAAGAACAAACAGAAACCAAUAUCAGUUGAACAAGGAGAAAAACUUGCGAAAGAAUUGAAGGCUGUCAAAUAUGUUGAAUGCUCAGCUUUAACUCAGAAAGGGCUCAAGAACGUCUUCGAUGAAGCCAUUCUAGCUGCUUUGGAACCUCCGGAACCUCCCAAAAGAAAAAGGUGCUACAUUCUGUAGGCAUUUAAUUUAUGUUCUAAAAAAUAUUCAGAAUUUUCUAUCAACUUUAUGAAAUCUUGUUCACUUGUUUAUCAACAUUGAAGAAGGAAAAUUGCAAGGUUAGUCGGUAAAUGAAUUUUUUUUAACGUACGUUUUUUUAUUUUAAAUUUUUACCUUUGUUUUGUUUUCUUUUUGUUUGCUUUCUCUUCUUUUAGAUCGAAAACAAGUCAAACUAUUAUUAUCAAGUUUGAAGUUUCUUUCCCUAAUUUUUUGCGUUUUUCAGUACCUAUCUUAAAGACUCCUCGCUAUUUAUUUCAAAAACUGCAUUUUUGUUUGCUGGAAAAAUUGUCUUGAAUCAGUCAAAUCUGUUGUAAUUAAAUUUCUUUGUAGUAGAUGGAAGAUGGUUGAAAUUGGUUGUUUGUAUAAUCAGCGGAAGAACUUUGGACAUCUUGAAUUCUUAUGUACAAGGUCCUAACUUAUUCUUUAUUUAACCCAGACUACUUAAAAAGAGUAUAUUCUAGAGCAUUUAUUUGCAAGCUGUCGGUUACUCCGCAGUUGGUGCAUCUUUAGAAUCAUGAAGCCCUCAUGAGUUGGUAAUUGUUCUAGCACUAUGUAACACACUCAAAAGGAAAGAGAGAGUUGAGUGGUUCAGGUCCAUUGCCUUGUCGCUACUUUCAGCAAGUGUCAAACAUUCACGUGAAGCUAUCAUUGUUUGUUCAAUGCUAAUUUAUUGUCUUGACUGACUGAAUGGAAUUGGCUCAAUACUCAGGAGAUAGUCUUGAAAAAAUCUGAAAGAGCCAUCGAAUUAUUUCGAAAAUUCUGCAGUCAUUCUAAUGUGUUUUAUGAAUAGAGGACAGAAUUAGGUUUUCUUUCUCUCUUGUUUAAGCAACUCUGAUAGCACUUAAGCUCAGGAAGAAUUACUUUACCAUCAUUCUGUAAUUCUUGAAAAGUGGGUCGUCGUUGCAUCUUAGAUCAUAUUCAGGAGCAUCCUCUGUAGGCGCACUCUAGAGCAUAACCUAUUUUUAAUCAGCUGAAAUGGUAUUCUUGGCUAAUGGAGUUAGAAUCAUUUGUUAAUUUUUUUUACAUUGUUUCAAAUGUACUUAGUCAUUUUUUUUUUGUUUGUGUGUGUGUUGCCAGUUAAGUGCCAUGUUUGGUUAGAUUCAAAGAUUUUUUUUUGAAAAUGCUCCCAUCUCGCAGAAUACUUGAUGGAAUUUAUUGUUUGGUGCUCCAAUUGCUAAGCAUCAAUCUCUCAAGCAAUCCCAUUUUUACAUUUUUUCUAGUUUUCACACCAACUUUAUAUUUAACUGGCAAGGUUGAAAGUAUGUAUCACAAACUCCUAUGUUUUUGUUCAAAAAUAGAAGUCAGGAAACUCGGGAUGUACACUAUGAAUUCAAAUUUAUUGAAUUUUUCUAAGAAGGAAGAAAGUUUCCUGUCAGAUUCAUGUCACAAAGAAUGCAAACAAUUCAUUACAAUUGCCUGGAGAAAAAGGAUACAAUUUCUAUUUCCUUGCAAUAAGUUCUCAGUUUGAUUCAAAGCUUUUCAUACUAUUGUUUUAUUUUAAUUUUUUCCUUAAGUCAAAACGUUUAAACCCCUAAACCAUUUCAUUUUAGGCAUGUUUCUCAUUGCUCUAGCCACAACAUUAAAGCCUCCUCAUUAAGAGAAUGUUAAUUUUGUCAUGUAAGCUCCGGAAUGUUUAGAUUGAUAGUGCUAUGAAUGCUCUGUUUUAUAAGAAAAAAAUGUAUUUUAUCUUUUUUAAGAAAAAUGGUUUUGUAGUGCCAGUCAGUUUCCCUACUUAAUCUGGCAUUUAAAAGAGUUCUUUUUUUAAUCAGAUUAUUCCACUAAGUCACAUUUUUUUUCUUUUUUUCUAAGGUUUUUAUAUGUUCAAUCAUCCUGUGUGGAUGUAUGGAAUUUCCAGACCCAUUUUAUAUAUGUAUAGAAAAAAAAAAAAAGAAAAAUUUGUAAAAUUAAUGAUCAAGAUAAGUUCCUUUUAAUAUAGGUUUAUCAGACAUAAUAUAUUUCUGUGAAUCAUUGAUACUGAGUUAUGUAGUAAUUACUGAAUCAGUGGAUACUGAAUUACACGGUAUGAUGAGCAUUUAAGUUUUUACUGCAUAGGCACUUACUUUAAUUUUAAUGCCUUAAGCAAGUGCUUACACCCAUCUUUGCUUUAGUUUUUUUUUUUAUAAUUUAACAAUGAGCCAGAUAUUUUGGAUAUACAUGACUGUAUGAAUAGGUGUCUUCCAUAUCACAGUGGUCCAUAAUGAAUUUACACUCAGUGGAUCCCUUUAAAUUUAUCUGCAAUCAAGACAAAACAAGCUCAAGAUGUAAAAACUAGUUUGAACUGUGUGUUCAUACCGAAUGAGGAAAUGAAUGGAAGCAAAAAUUGUGGAAACUGGAAAACUUAAGGAGCACAAGAUAAAACAGCGUUUCAGCGUUUUUGUUGUGCAAUUGAAAGCUUAUUUGCUAUGAAGGGAUCAAGACGAGAUCGUUGAUUUCAUUUUUUAUGGAAUCCAUAUCCCCGCAUAAUCACAAACCCAAAGAUUUGCCAUUGGUUGUCUUCUCUUUCAUCAUGGUAACUGCAAUUGUCAAGAUGUAGCUGGAAAGAAGUGGAAAGCAGCAGCUGAAACUGCAUUUUGAAUCAGUUUAUUUUCUUGCGCUCUCUAAUGCAUGUUUUUUUUUUGGAAUACCAUGAACUAUAAACAGUUGAAAACAUAAUUCAAAUUCUGCUCACCCAAUACUUUCAAAUGAUUUAAUUAUGAAAUUGCUUAACCAUUUCAUCAUAAUUUUGUGGACAAUUAUGUGCUUUAAAAUCACUCAUGCCACUACUAACCUUUGAAUUUACUUUGACAUCAUCAAGGGCUAAUGUUUUACCCGAAGAAAAGAAAACAAAUCAUUUUUGCCAAAGUUUAUUUUUAAAUUUCUCUCUCAAAUUUUUCAGCCAAAGCAAAACUAAUUAUUUAUAAAGUAUAAAUAAAAAAAACCAUGAGAUGUAGAAACCAUCACCAUUCUACCAAUUUUUCAAGGAAUUUACUGUGUAUAACCAAGCUGUAGUGUCGUCUGAGACUUUGUUGACGGAAAUUGCAUCGCACCAUGUAGAUUGGUCCCUCUUUUUACUCAUCUUCUUUGACGUCUUAUCCAGCACAAUCAGAGGGGACUCUCAGUUAUAACGUAAUGUGUGAGUCUAGUCGCAAAAAGUGUCGAGAAGAUUCAUUUUACAGCAUCAAUCUUUGGAAGAGUUGAAUUUACUAUCAAAGUAUCUGUUCCAAUUUUGCGGUGUCAAGGUUUCAUAUUCUCUGUAGAGCCUGGUUUAUCUGAGGACAAAAAAAUUAAAAUAAUUUGAAAUUUAUAAAAACCUGAUAGUAUGGAUUUUCUCCAACUAGUCAAGAAUUUUUCAGCACUCAGUGAAAAAGAAAAAAAGGAAGCAAACAAACAAACUUGUAAAUUCAGUCUAAUCUUUACACUUUGAAAGUCAAAGUAAAAUUUGUGUCCUCAUGUAUGUAUCGUUUCCUGCGUCAAGAAAUUACUCUAGUAUAGAGGCGCAACCAAUGAUAAUGCCUUUUAUACGCACAUAGAUGAAGACUUAUGAAUCUGUCAAAGAUUUGGAUUUAAUAAGAACUACCCCUCUUUGCUGAAUUAUUGUAGUGCUGUCCAUUAUUUUUCUCCUCCGAAGAAGUGAGUUGGAAUAAUCAUAUUUAGUCCGAUAGAAAACUUGAAUAGAGGAGGGAAUAUUGCCUUUGCGGUACAAUUAGGCAAGCAUAUUGUAAUCUUGAGACUCGGUUUGUUCUCAGCACCAAAUCCAAGAAAAAGUUAUAGCGUUUCAGCAAUGUAGAUGAUGAUUUACUGCUUAUCAUCAAUUUCUUAUGUCAUUUUUCUAAGCGAAAUAACAUUAAGUACUCACACAAGUAAAUAUUCAGAGGAAAAGGAGCUUUGUCAAUUAGUCAUCAAUGUAUCCUAUUGAUGUAAGAGAGAGAUUGAUGCUUGUUUGGCUUUGUGAUAUGAGCAGACUCAUGAUCGACAGUUGAAUAUACACUCAGUAUCAAAGAUUUAUCAUUUUCAUCUCCGCGCCUAUUUCUCAUAUCCAGUCCCUGAAUUCAACCUCUUGUGGUUUUUUCUUUUUUCACUUUUAUACUUCAUAGAAGAUGAGCUGAUAAAAAACUCAUUUAUUUUUUCUACUUGUUAUGAAAGUCUGCUGCGUACGAAGGAUAAUUAUAGUCAGAUUUUACUGUAUUCGUAUAUAUUUUAUUUCUUAUGUAUAUAUGUACAUGUAACUAUUGUUUUAAAAGCUCAGUUUUAUAAGAAACAUUAUAUUUCUACGAUUGUAUAAACUC